AUGGGAUGACGUAGUGACCGUAGUGGGAGAGGCAGCGGUUCCUCCGACCAGACCACAUCGUCGACAGUCGUCACGACACAGAAAGCAGCUCGAAGACCCUAAAAUACUCGAUAUUACAAACUCACAUGGAUGCAUAUGAACGUGUAUAUCGGCUAACUUUGGUAUAUUAGACUCGCCUUGGCCAUUGCCUAAAGGCUACACACAACCAUAGCCUAUGAAUUCGGGAACUAUCGCUGCGUGGAAGUCUAACGUUUUAUGGAGGCUUGGAGACGUAGGGGAGCGAGGAGCAGAAGGGGGUAAACUGAAGAUCGACACCAAACUGGGAACAUUGGACACAUUCUGCUGGCUACGAGUGACCCACACGCACGGGACGGGGUGGAAACAUGGCCGCGAAUGUCAAUUUAACAUCUGGGAUGGGAGAAAUUAUUCAACUGAACGUCGGUGGGACAAGGUUCAGCACCUCUAGACAGACUCUCAUGUGGAUCCCAGACUCUUUCUUCUCAAGUUUGCUGAGUGGGAGAAUAUCAACUCUACGUGAUGAAACUGGAGCCAUAUUUAUUGACAGGGAUCCGACAGCCUUUGCGUCCAUUUUGAAUUUUCUUCGAACCAAAGAGUUAGACUUGCGGGGGGUAAACAUUAACAUUCUCCGCCAUGAGGCUGAGUUUUAUGGGAUAACGCCGUUAGUGAGGAGGUUGCUGCUGUGUGAGGAAAUAGAACGUUCGUCCUGUGGCAGUGUUCUGUUCCAUGGAUACCUUCCCCCUCCAGGUACUGUAGAUAGAACGUUCGUCCUGUGGCAGUGUUCUGUUCCAUGGAUACCUUCCCCCUCCAGGUACUGUAGUACUGUGUUCCCACAACUCCUCCUACCUGGAAGUCUGUCCUCUGGCACAGCUCUCCCAGCCCGUAAGUUCAGCUCCACCCCUGCAGCCUCGGGCCCUGCCCCUGAGGAUCGGCCUGGUCCUAUCGGAGCAGAGGGGGGGUUCCCCCAUUCCUGUCCCCCCCACCCCUCACUCCCCGGACCCCCUGGAGCCGAGGGACCACACAGACUGGGUGCUGUGGUGGACCCUAGGAAGGUGCUGAUUGUAGCUGGACAUCAUAACUGGAUCGUAGUGGCUUAUGCACACUUUGUCAUCUGCUACAGGAUAAAAGAGUCGUCAGGGUGGCAGCAGGUGUUUUCUAGCCCCUAUCUGGACUGGUCCAUCGAGAGAGUCGCCCUUAACGCCAAGGUGGUGGGUGGUCCCCAUGGUGAUAAGGACAAGAUGGUGGCAGCUGCCUCCAAUAGCAACAUCAUCCUCUGGAGCAUCCAAGAUGGAGGGAGUGGCAACGAGAUCGGUGUGUUUAGUCUGGGUGUACCCGUAGAUCAUCUGUUCUUCAUCGGGAACCAGCUGGUGGCCACAAGUCACACUGGGAAGGUGGGAGUCUGGAACGCUGUCACACAGCACUGGCAGGUACAGGAUGUAGUUCCCAUCACCAGCUGUGACACGGCUGGCUCCUUUCUGCUGCUGGGCUGCAACAACGGAUCCAUCUACUACAUAGACAUGCAGAAGUUUCCUCUGAGGAUGAAGGAUAAUGAUCUGUUGGUGACAGAGCUGUACCACGACCCGUCUAAUGACGCCAUCACUGCCCUCAGUGUCUACCUCACACCCAAGACCAGUGUGAGUGGUAACUGGAUAGAGAUAGCGUAUGGAACCAGUUCUGGAGCAGUCCGGGUCAUAGUUCAACACCCUGAGACAGUAGGCUCUGGACCUCAGCUCUUCCAAACGUUUACUGUCCACCGCUCCCCUGUCACUAAGAUCAUGCUCUCGGAGAAACACCUGGUCUCAGUGUGUGCGGACAACAACCACGUGCGGACGUGGACAGUGACGCGGUUCCGAGGCAUGAUUUCCACACAGCCUGGCUCCACCCCCCUGGCCUCCUUUAAGAUCCUCUCAUUGGAGGAGACGGAGAGCCACGGCAGCUACUCAUCAGGCAACGACAUCGGUCCGUUUGGGGAGAGAGAUGACCAGCAGGUGUUCAUUCAGAAGGUCAUCCCCGUCACCAACAAGCUGUUUGUUCGCCUCUCCUCCACUGGGAAAAGGAUCUGUGAGGUGGCGGCAGUGGAUGGGACCACCAUCUCGUGUUUCACGGUGAGGGAGUGCGAGGGUUCUAGCAGAAUGGGUUCUAGACCAAGGAGGUACCUCUUUACUGGGCAUGGCAACGGCAGCAUUCAGAUGUGGGACCUCACCACCGCUAUGGACACCGCCAACAAGGGAGAGGAGAAGAAGACUGACGAGGUGGGCGGACCAACAGAGGAGGAGCUGCUGCAGCUAUUGGACCAGUGUGACCUCAGCACCUCCCGCUGUGCCACGCCCAACAUCAGCCCCGCCCCUUCGGUGCUGCAGCACAGCCGCCUCCGAGAGUCCUGCUCCAGUCUCCAGCUGCAGGCCCAGGAGCCCAUCCCAGAGACGGCCACCUAUGGAGCCCUGCGACCCUACAGAGAGAGCCCCCUGCUGGCCCACGCCCGCCGCACAGAGUCCUUCCACAGCUACAGAGACUUCCAGAACUUCUCCCUGGGGACAGGUCUGCUGGAGAGCCCCGGACAGGCUCCAGGACAGGGGGCAGGCCUAGGUACAGAGGCCCGAACCCGGUCACUGUGCGAGGCUGGGGGAGAGGAGGGCGAGCGGAGGGGCUCGGCCAUGGAGCUCUGGGCUAGCCGAAGCGCUAACGCCGCUAAUGCUGAUGUCGUUGCUAAUGCUUCCGUGGUCACAGGUGGCGCCACUGCCGAAGAGGGCGUUUUCAUAUCGCCACGGCAACCCCCCGACAGUCCUGGAGGAGACGCUUGGCGAAGGGUCCAAUUGGAAGAGGAGGGGGCGGGGUUAGGAUCAGUGGCGGAGGCUAGGUCUGAGGUGAGAAGGAAGGGAGGGUUUGAGGGGGUAGUAUUUCUGGGCAGAAAGAGAGCACCUCCAGUCCCCCAGCUUACCUCGCUCCCCUCGGUGGGGUCUGAGGGGGGAGGCAGUGACUCCUCCUCCACUGCUUCCCCCUCCCCCACCCAGCUGGCUUCCAUUUCCCCCCGGCACAGGAAGUGCAGUGAGCCGGCCAAUCAGGACAGCAGCCUGUGAGUUACGGACAGCUCUGACGCCGACACGCCCCUGGUGUCAGUCAGUCAACAGCUCUAGGGAGAAGUUACUCCCCUAUCCACUGAUCUAGGACCAGCCUACCCUCCCCAAAUUCUAACCUUAACCAUUAGGAAUAAAACACACUAAACUGACCUUAGAUCAAUGUUUGGGAGCAACUUCAUCUCACAGGCAAUAUUCUAGACUACCACAGUAUGACAUCUCAAAAGAAAGCCCGUCAUUCUCAAUCAAGAGAAGAAACUUGACGCCUGCUGGAAGUCGCUAACUAGCCUAAGGGUGAUCUUCUAGUUCCGAGUAUGACUUUAACCCUUCGGAUCUCUCCAUCAUGGCAGUAAAUCUGGUAGCUGCACAAGUGGUUCUCCAUCAAUGUUUGUUCCAAUAGUCCACUCAUGAUAUCAGUAGGACUUUGUGUUAGAGGCAUAUACUGUAGUUUAUCGACUAUUAACACAAAGUGCUAGAUGUGUUAAUUUCCCCCUGGUGGUUGUCGUCACUUUCACACACACUUGUAGUUUUGGGUGCACAGGUUGUGAACCUCCACACAACACACAGUCGUGCUGUUCAACCAGCCAGUAGGCGUGCGUGUCGUGUUUUAGACCUGCCUGAAUUCUACUCUACACAGUAAAUCUUCUUAUUUCUCUUUUUUUUUGUCGAAAACAGACCGACAUCUCAUGCUGAAGGUCCAAGUGACUUUGCGUGGCAUUCUAUGUUAUUUUAAAUGUAAGGAAUCAUGCUUAGUGCCUUUUUUUAAACACUAGCCAUAGUUUAAACAUCCACCUGUCCUUUCAGUGAUGCAGAGAGAAAGUAGACCAAAGGUUGAAUGGAGGAUAUCUGUCUAUAGUCUAUGCAGUGUGUUGUUCUCACUGCCCAGUGACGUCACAGGUUGGACAGCUGCUAUUAUCGUCACUCCUGUCACCCAACAGUAGCUUUGGAGGGCGAGGAGAGAGAGAGAGUUGUCAGUGGGGCCCAUCCUCCCUCCGCCCCAUCACUAGACGAGACCUGGGUCAAAUACGUACAACUUGAGGUGCACUUAAUUUAGCUUGUCCAGUACAAUGGAGCCAGUGGAAUAGUCCCACCAAACUAAAUCAAGCGCACCCAUUGUCUCUGAAAGUACAGUAUUUGACCCAGGUCUGUCUUAUACCCAGCUGGUAAGUAAAAGAUGGAAUGAGACCAAGCUGAGGGUUCAACAUGUACAAAGAUGUAAAUGUCAAUAAUAUGCAAUCUGAUUAUAUAUGGAGAAUAUAUCUACAUAAUCAAUAUAAUAUGUAACCAUGCUGAUGCAUUUAAAUGUGUGUAGAAUGUGUGUCUACAUAUUUGCUGUUGUUUGUGACAUCUGUCUUCUCAUAUAAGCUAUUCAUAUUAAUAGUAUUGUAUCGUAGCUAAAUUGCAUUUGCACUCGCACUACGACGACUAAGUGAUGAAGUAACACUUUAUUUUGGUUGAGAUAACAUUCAGCCCGUUGAGGAAUAAUGCCUAUCCCUCUAUAUCUCUGCGUGUCUAAGGCCUGGAUUCAUCCUGAUCCGUGUCAGAUCCGCCUGAUUGAGCCGAAACUGUAAGCAGCAUUUACCGUGAAUGCGAACGCGGCAACAUUGCCUUUAAAAAGGUGCAUAGCUGGCCCGAAAAUGGCCGAUCGGAUUAAAUCGAGGCCCAAGCUAUAUCUCUUCUCUGGCUGUGUUUUACACUUUCACCUCAGACGGAUACUAAAAAGGAAUAGAUCUAUUGAUGCCGCUCGUUAUAACAUUUUGGAUAACAUGUAUGUCCCAACGCAUUAUUAUGUCGCUAUGUAUUAGUGCUCGCUCGUCUACUUGGUAUGAUACUAGCCUAUUACGCACGUGUUGGCACUGAAUUGCCAUUGUCGUUGAGCUGGCUAGACGUAUAGGAUGUAGGAUGACGUCUUGGGGCUCUAUUCAAUCUGUAUCGCUGAAGUGCUGCAGAUUGCGCGAUAGAAAUGUAAAAGGUCCUUUCCGAUUGAGCCGACAUGUGCAGCGUUUACCGUGAGCGCAGUCUCUGCUGACGCGGGAACAUUGCCUUUUAAAUUUCAAUCGCGCUGUAAAACUGAACUCCCGCGAUACGGAUUGAAAAGAGCCCUAUAGACUGACACAGGACAUGUUUUUCUAACUCUUUAGUUCAGCUUGGGUUUAUCUGACAAGCAGUAGUCACACAAACCUGGUAGCCGUGCAUUGUAACGUUGGGUGUAAUAGGGUUGCAGGGCAUGCAGGCUUUUGCUCCAUCCAACCACUACUCAAAAGUCUUCGGCUGUAGUCUCUUAUCAUGGGAUCAACGUGUCUUAUGUGUCUCUCUCUCAGGGGGUGACAGUGCAAGGAGGGAGCACCAGGUUAGUGUGGAUACUCUUGUCAAAGUGUGUGUGUGUGUGUGUGUGUGUGUCUGUCCGAAGCAGCGCUGGGCUCUCAGCAGUGUAACCUUCCCUUUAGAAAAGUUAGCAACUUUGUGAGCUGAAAAUGGUGUUUGAUAGCUGUGUGAUUUAUGAGCGUAAUAAAGUGGUGUUGCUGCUUCUGAAUGUGUGAGCUGCCAAGGGCCACACUGUCUGCUACAAUCACUCUGUUUUUACUUUAGAAAACUUUUUUUAUUUAUUUAAAAACUUUGACAAUAGCUGUGAACGUGGCUGUGAAUGUGCAGCUACUAUGCCCUUGUCAAAAUGGUGUCCUUGAGUUGGGACACAGUCGUAACUGCCAGUUUGGUGUGUCCCUUUUUAAAAGACAAAAACAAAACUGACGGCUACAAUACCGUGUGUGUGUGUGUGUGUGUGUGUGUGAAAGCAUUUCCAGUUAUAGCAGCAAAGGGGGGACCUACUCCAUAUUAAUGCCCAUGUGUUUGACAAGCAGGUGUCCACAUACUUUUGGUUGUGCCCGUGAUGUGAUUUGGUGGACACGGAGGACCUAAUACUAGUUGAAUGGCAGGCCAUAGUUACGCAGCUCCAUCCCUACCACUUGGUAGGUGGGUCUGGGUGUCCUUGGUAAGGUACUACAAUGUGAAUCCACUAGAGGGCACUGUGGAUGUGUGUAAAAUCAAGUUACAGGUUGACGCUGAAUAAAUCAAUGAAUAUAUACUGACAACACAUAUGGGGUCUUCAUACAGUUUAGUGUGGCUUUAACAUUGGUUAGGAGUGCCACAGAACCCUGUUUAUGACAAAAGCAUGCUGUUUCUCUGUUGCUAAUGAUGACUUUUUCAGUGUUAUGGAUCACAUCGACCCUUCAUAGGAAUUGUGUUAAACAGCGUUGAGAUGAAACCGGUACUUGUGUGUGUGUGUGUGUUCUGUCACUCUAGCUGCUGUGUCUGUCCUCUCUCUGACGUCUCCUCAUGUCUGUAUUGAUGGGAGUAAAACACAAUAACCCAGUG